AUGGCACAAGGAGGCGCGCAGACGCGAAAGACGUCCAAGGUCAUGUCGAUCGCGCCUGCCGCAGGGGAUCCAGGCUCUGUCUAUUACCCACUGCGCCUGGACGAGGUGACGCAGCCUACACCUAAGGGAAAACAGGUAUUAUUGAAGAUGCACGCCGCGGGCAUCAACCACCGCGACCACUUCAUCCGCCAGAAUCUGUACCCGGACAUCGCGUUCGGGGUGCCCCUCUUCGCGGACGGGUGCGGCACGGUCGUCGCGCUGGGACCGGACGCCGAGACGGGGUGGCUGCACAAGAGGGUCGUCGUCUGUCCUGCGACCGGCUGGCACGCUGAUCCGUGGGGGCCGGAGGACAAAUUCAGCAUUCUCGGCGGCACGUCACGCAACCAGAACGGCACCCUGCAGGAGUACAUGGUCAUUGAGCAGGAUGCCCUCGAGCUGGCCCCGCCGCAUCUGAGCAACGUGGAGUGCGCGGCGCUACCCCUGACGAGUCUGACUGCGUGGAGGGCCGUCAUGACGAAAUGCGCACAGCACGUCGGCCCGGGCAGGAAGGUCCUGGUCACGGGAAUCGGCGGCGGCGUCGCGCUGAUGGCUCUAGAGUUUGCGCGCGCAGUGGGCGCUGAGGUGUUUGUUAGCAGUGGAAGUCUCGAGAAGAUUGAGGCUGCGAAGCAGAGAGGCGCGGUGGGUGGCGUCAGCUACAAACACGCCGGUUGGGAGAAGGAGUUGUUGAAACUGACGGGGGGAGUGAGACUGGACGCCGUCAUUGACGGUGCUGGAGGAGAUAUUGUCGACAGCGCGGUCAAGAUCUUAAAGCCAGGAGGAGUACUCGUCGUCUAUGGCAUGACUCUGGGGCCCAAGAUAUCGUUCCCCAUGUCCGCCGUGCUGAGGAAUAUGGAAAUCAGAGGCACCACGGUCGGGUCGAGGAGGGAGUUUGAGGAGAUGAUGCGGGUUGUCAGGGAGAAGCACCUCAGGCCGGUCAUUUCCAAGGUGGUCAAGGGCCUUGAGUUGGAGCGUGUCGAAGAGUUGUUUCACGAUGUGAAGACGGGGGCGCACUUUGGCAAACUGGUCGUUUCGUUUGAUAACAAGGAGGAUCCGAGAUCUAGACUCUGA